CUUUUUGCAGCUGCAUCUUCUUGACAGCACACCACAGACGUCACGAUACAGUCUACAAAACAUCAUCAUAAUUAAAUUUGCUAUGGCGAGAGAUUAACACCACGUUAUUGAUGAGCGGCACUCAUAUGAUUAUUUAGUUUUACCAAAUGGAUAAGAAAAACAGAAGCAGCAGCAUUAUGAACAACGAUUGCAAACAUCACGAUAUUUUGAUUCAUGGAGAAUCUGCUGAGCCCAGCUGUGUUUCCAUGAAGAGUGAUGUAUCAAUGGAUCCACCACCUGCAUUCAGUUUAGGAGACUUUGGUGCAGCUGUAAGUAACACAACAGAUAAAUUCAAUGUGAAGCACAUGGAUUCUGUUUUUCAGGAUCUUGAACACAAAAUCAUCUCUUUGAUGAAGAAAGAGCUGGAGAUUUUCAAGAGACUACUGAGCUCAGAUUCCCCAGCAUGCUCUGAGAGAGAGGAAGAGGAGGAUGAAGAUCAGAUCAAAAUCAGAGAGAAGCUUCUGAAGAUCACACUGCACGUCCUGAAGAAGAUGAACCAGACAAACCUCGCUGAUAAACUACAGACCAAACUUGCACCUUUAUGUGUGAAAAAACACAAAUCCAGACUAAAGGAGAAAUUCCAGAGAAUAAAUGAAGGAAUAUCUAGUCAAGGAAACUCAAGACUUGUGAAUAAGAUCUACACAGAGCUGUACAUCACAGAGGGAGGGAGUGAAGAACUCAAUAAUGAACAUGAGGUGAGACAGAUUGAGACAACAUCCAGAAGAUCAGAGACACAAGAAACACCAAUCAAAUGUAAUGACAUCUUUAAAGCUUUACCUGGACAAGACAAACACAUUAGAACUGUGCUGACUAAAGGAGUUGCUGGAAUUGGAAAAACCGUCUCUGUACAGAAGUUCAUUCUGGACUGGAGUGAAGGAAAAGCAAAUCAGGAUAUUCACUUCAUAUUUCCACUUCCAUUCAGAGAACUGAAUCUGAUGAAGAACACAAAUAUCAGUCUGAUGGAUCUUCUUCAUCAGUUCUUCAUAUAUACAAAAGAACUGAGAUCAAGAGACUUUGAUGACUACAAAGUUGUGUUUAUCUUUGAUGGUCUGGAUGAGUGUCGACUUCCUCUAGAUUUCUCAAACAAUCAGAGUUUGUUUGAUGUAAGAGACACAGCGCCAGUGGAUGUGCUGUUGACAAACCUCAUCAAGGGGAAUCUGCUUCCUUCUGCUCUGAUCUGGAUAACAUCACGACCAGCAGCAGCCAAUCAGAUUCCUCCUGACUGUGUUCACCAGAUCACAGAUGUACGAGGAUUUAAUGAUCCUCAGAAGGACGAGUAUUUCAUCAAGAGAAUAAAUGAUGAGAGUUUGUCCAACAGAAUCAUCAAACACAUCAAAUCAUCCAGGAGUUUGUACAUCAUGUGUCACAUCCCAGUCUUCUGUUGGAUUACAGCCACUGUUCUAGAGAGAAUGUUGAGUGAAUCAGAGAGUCAAGCAGAGAUCCCCAAGACUCUCACUCAAAUGUUUACACACUUCCUGAUCUUUCAGACCAAACUAAAGAGUGAGAAGUAUGAUGGGAAAUGUGAGGUAGAUCUUCAACAGGUUAGAAAGAGUCUUCUGUCACUGGGAAAACUGGCUUUUCAACAGCUGGAGAAAGGGAAUCUGAUCUUCUAUGAGGAGGAUCUGAGAGAGUGUAACAUUGAUGUGAGAGACGCUUCAGUGUACUCAGGAGUUUGUACUCAGAUCUUCAAAGAGGAGUUUGGACUGAACCUGGGGAAAGUCUACAGCUUUGUGCAUCUCAGCAUUCAGGAGUUUCUCGCUUCUUUAUUUGUUUUUCUUUCAUUUUCUCAACAAACAUCAGGACUCUUCAGCAUGUUCAGAUCAACUAUGAGUGAUUUACUGAAGAGUGAAGUGGACAAAGCCUUACAGAGUGAGAACGGACACCUGGACCUUUACCUCAGAUUCCUUCUGGGUCUCUUACUGGAGUCCAAUCAGAUGAUCUUACGAGAUCUACUGACACAGACAGGAAGAAGAUCUGACAGCAGACAGGAAAUAGUUGAGUACAUUAAGAUGAAGAUCAGAGACAAUCAAUCUCCAGAGAAAUCCAUCAAUCUGUUUCACUGUCUGAAUGAACUGAAUGAUCAAUCUCUAGUAAAUGAGAUACAAACAUAUCUGAACAGAAAAGAUAACAGUCGUCUCUCUGGAGUUAAACUUUCUACCUCUCAGUGGUCGGCUGUGGUGUUUGUUUUACUGAACUCAGAUCAGAAGCUGGAUGAGUUUAUACUGAGUAAAUAUGAUCGAUCAGAUGAAUGUCUUCAUAGGCUGCUGCCAGUGAUCAAAGCAUCCAGAAAAGCCAAUCUGAAGAGCUGUAAUCUGACAAAGAAAAGUUGUUCAUCAUUGAGUUCAGUUCUCAUCUCAAACUCCUCAAGUCUGACAGAACUGAACCUGAGUGAAAAUAAACUGCAGGAUUCAGGAGUGAAGCUUCUCUCUGAUGGACUGAAGAAUACAAACUGUGAACUGAAGAUUUUACAACUUUCAAACUGCAGUAUUACAGAAGAAGGUUAUAAAUCUUUAGCUUUAGCUCUGGAGUUACACCCCUCACACCUGACAGAGCUGGAUCUCACAGGAAAUGAUCCUGGAGAAUCGGGAGUGAAAAAGCUCACCGAUGUACAAAAGAAAUCAAACUGUACACUGAAAACACUGAAGUUUUUGAGUCCUGAUGCUGAGAAAGGCUGUCAGGCUGUGAUGGACAUUGUCCAAGAAAACCCUUUACUCCUGACAGAGCUGAAACUGACUAAAAAUAAAUUAACAGACACAACAGUGAAGCACCUGGCUGCUUUGUUAGAGGAUAAGCACUGUAAACUAAAGACAAUACAGUUUAAUAGCAACAGUAUUUCAGAAAAAGGCUGUGUUGAUCUGUUAUCAGCAUUUAAUUCAAAUCCUUCCAACCUAAAAGAGUUGGAUCUGAGUGACAAUAAAGUAAGAGACGAAGGAAUGGAGAAGAUCUCGACUCUGUUAAAUAAUCCACUAUGCAUGCUGGAAAAACUGAAAUUUUCAGAAUGCGGUAUAACUGAGAAGGGUUAUAAAACUUUGGUUUCAACUUUGAGAUCAGGCUGUUCACAUGUAACAGAGCUGGAUCUUUCAGGAAAUUACCCUGGGGAAACAGGAGUGAAUAUACUUAUUGAUUUACUAGAGCAGCCAAAUUGUACACUGAAAACACUCAGAUAUUUGAAAAGUCCUGCUGCAGAAGAGGCGUGUAAAUAUCUGACUGAAGUUUUGGGUAAAAACCCCUUAUUGCUUAAAGAACUGGAUCUGAGUCGCAACGAAUUAGGAGGCCUGGAUGUAGAGAAGCUUUCAGCUCUUUUGAUCGACUCGCAUACCAGGCUGGAGAAAAUUAGGAUGGACAAUUGUGACCUGACAGAGAAAAACUGUUUAGCUUUAGCUGGCGUUCUCUCUUCCAACACCAUUCUGAAAGAGAUGGACCUGAGCAACAACCGUCUGCUGGAUUCAGGAGUAAAACAACUCUGUAAUAAACUGAAGACAUCUAAGCUGCAGAUACUGAAACUUUCAAACUGCAGUAUUACAGAAGAAGGUUAUAAAAGUUUGGCUUCAGCACUGGAGUCAAACUCCUCACACCUGACAGUGCUGGAUCUCACAGGAAAUGAUCCUGGAGAAUCAGGAGUGAAGAAGCUCACCGAUGUACAAAAGAAAUCAAAUGGUACACUGAAAACAUUAAGGUUUUUGAAAGGUCCUGCAGAUGAAGGCUGUCAGUAUGUGAUGAAUGUUCUCAAAGAAAACCCUUUACUCAUGAAAGUGCUGAAUCUGAGUACAAAGACACUAGAUGACAAAAAAGUGAAGCAGCUGGCUGCCAUUCUGGAAGAUAAGCACUGUAAACCAAAGACACUUCAGCUGAAUUAUUGUGGCUUAACCGAGCAAAGCUGUUCAACUCUAGCUGGCAUCCUAAAAUCAAACAGUAGUCUGAACGAGCUGGACAUAAGCAACAAUACCCUGCGUGAUUCAGGAGUGGAGAAACUACAGAACGGAUUAAAAAGUAGCAACUGCAAACUGAAAAUACUAAGAAUGUCGGAAUGCAGUAUUACAGAAGAAGGUUACAAAAGUUUGGCUUCAGCACUGGAGUCAAACCCCUCACACCUGUCAGAGCUGGAUCUCACAGGAAAUGAUCCUGGAGAAUCCGGAGUAAAGAUGCUCAUUGAUGUACAAAAGAAAUCAAAGGGUACACUGAAAACACUGAGGUUUUUGAAAGGUCCUGCAGAGGAAGGGUGUAAGUAUGUGAAGAAUGUUCUUAAUGAGAACCCUUUACUCCUGAGAGAGUUUAAUCUGAGUAAGAAACUAGAUGACACAAAAGUGAAGCAGCUGGCUGCCCUUCUCGAGGAUAAGCACUGUAAACUAAAGACACUUCAACUUUGUGAAUGCAGUAUUAAAGAUAACCAUUGUAAAACCCUGACUGAAGCUCUCUGUUCAAACCCUUCAAACCUGAGAGAGCUAAACUUCAGUGGAAAUGCAUUACAUAAUGGAGUGAAGCACUUAUGUGAUCUAUUAAAAGAUUCACACUGCAAACUGGAGAAACUGGAUCUUAGUAAAUGCAGUAUUACAGAGGAACUGUGUGAAAUCCUGACUGCAGCUCUGUGUUCAAACCUUUCAUACCUGAGAGAGCUGAACCUCAGUGGAAAUGAUCUAAAAGAUGAAGGACUUAAGCACUUAUGUGAUUUACUGAAGAGUUCACGCUGCAGGCUAGAGAAGUUGGGCCUAAACAAUUGUAAAAUUAAAGAUGUUGGUUUGCUGGCUGCAACAAAAGCAGUGUCAUCAUUAAAGGAACUUGAUCUAAGGAAAAAUAGUAUAGGAGACUCAAAGAAGCAGCUCAUUGAAGUGCUCGAAACAUCAAGCUGUUACCUAAAACUUGACAGUGAAAGCUUCAUUAGUGAAAUUACUGAUGAAGUAACUAGUUACUUUAAAAGUAAACCUGAAGCUCAGAAAUCUGGCACGUGAUUGGCAAUCGAGGAAGCCAAAAGUGUGGAAGAUAUAAAGGAGGAAAACUCACAGCCUUUCUAUAGUGGAACCGAGGAAUCAGACCCUGGUCAAAGCACAGAUGACUUCAAGUAGCAGGCAUAUUUGAGAUUACACUUUAACAAUUAAGGUUCUUAUAAUGUUUUUCGCAGUGAUGUAUAGUCAAAAUUCCUUAAAAGUUCCAUUUAUUAUUAUUUUUUAUUGUUAACACUUUACCACUCAAAGAACCUUUGUGUAACAGAAAGGUUAUGGGGAUGUUUAAAGUUCUUUAUGGAACCAUACAGUCAGGCAGUUUUUGGAACCUUUGUUUUAUUACUGAAAAAUAAUGCCUUUGAACAUGCAUAUACUGUAUCAUGUGGUUGUGUUUACUUGCGGGGAUUAAAAUUCCAACUUUGAAUGCAAAGAGUUUGUCUUUGUAUUAUCUAAUAUAUGAUUUUCUUGUCCAUAUUAUGCAUUCAUUUAAUUGAUAUAAUCAUUUGACUUUUUUUCUCAUUUUCUAUUAUUUUUAUUGCUGUGGUUUAAUUUUAUUUUAUGUGACGUAUUGUCUUCUCAAGAUUUCUAAUAAAGUCAAUGUUGUGAAA